AUGUCUCUCCUCGGCUCCGCUAUUCCAUGGGCCGCAUUGGCGGGGUUGCUUCUGCUACUGUGGAAACUGGCGAGAAACUAUGUCCUCCGGUCCCCUUUGGAUGCGAUACCGGGGCCGAUGCCGCCGUCAGUUCUGAAGGGUAAUAUGGCUCAGCUGCAGAACCGUGGUGCCUGGCCAUUCCUCGAUCAUCUUACAAACGACUAUGGACAGGUCGUCAAAUGCACUGGAAUGUUAGGGAGACCCGUACUGUGGGUUUUCGACCCGAAAGCCAUGCACCAUGUUACCGUCAAAGAUCAAGACGUCUAUGAGGAGGCGCCAUCUCAGAUUCAAGGAUUCUCCAGUAUCUGCGUCGUCGAGCCAACUGCGCUACCCUCAGGCGAACAUCACCGCAAGCAACGCAAGCUUCUGAACCCUGUAUUCUCUAUCGCGCACAUGCGCAGAUUGACGCCGAUAUUCUACGAGGUCGUGAACCGCUCCCGCACAGGCAUCCAGAUGCAACUCAAGGCGUCCCAGACCGAGGAGGUAGAUGUCCUUGUCUGGAUGAGCCGCACGGCACUCGAGCUCAUGGGUCAGGGCGGCUUUGGACACUCCUUCGACCCGCUGGUGGAGGACGUCCAGAACGAUUUCGCAGUUGCCGUCAAGGACUUCAGCCCGACGCUAUCCCGUCUCGCCCUCUUCCGUCUGGUAAUACACGUACUCGACCCUCUCAUCGACCUCUGUCAGCGGUACCCUGCCGUCGGCGCGUUCAUUAAAAGGCACUUUUAUCUCGUGCCGCAUAGCGGCAUGCAGCGUAUGAAAGCUCUCCUCGAUGUCCUGGACAGUACAUCUCGGCAGAUCUACGCGGAGAAGAAGAUUGCGCUUGACAGCAAUGACGAGGAGCUGAAAAUUAAAGUCAUGGAGGGCCGGGAUUUGAUGAGCGUCCUGCUGCGGGAGAACAUGAACGCCGACUCCGCAGACAAGCUGCCUGAGGAAGAAAUCAUCGCACAGAUCACGACAUUCACGUUGGCUGGUACCGACACCACAUCGGGCGCAAUGGCGCGAAUCUUGCAUCUACUCUGUCUUAACCCCGACGUCCAAGAGAGGCUGCGUGCAGAGCUUCUCAAGGCUCGCUCCCAGAACGAUGGGCAGGAUCUGGAGUACGACGAGCUCGUGAGCCUGCCCUACCUAGAUGCCAUCUGCAGGGAGACGAUGCGCCUCUAUCCCCCCGUUGCAUUUGCAUCUCGCGAGAGCAUGCGCGAUAUUAUCAUGCCGCUCAGCACGCCGCUCACGCUACGCGACGGCACCUCCACCACGGCCAUCCACGUCCCGAAGGGUACUGCCAUCAUGAUCGGCAUAUACUCGUCGAACCGCAACAAGGCGAUCUGGGGCAACGACGCGUGCGAGUGGAAGCCUGAGCGCUGGUUAGAUAGCAAACUUCCCGAGUCGGUCACGGAUGCGAAAAUUCCUGGGGUAUAUUCCAACUUGCAAUCUGCCCUAACUCACCUCUAUAUCUGCAGCGGCUUUAAAUUCUCGCAGCUCGAAAUGAAGGUCUUGCUUGCGAUGCUGAUCACGUCCUUCCGAUUGUCGCUUUGCAAGGGCAAGAACGGCGACAUUUUCUGGAAUCGCGCCGGCAUCGCGUAUCCUACCGUGGGGCCGGACGGCAAGAAGCCCAGCCUGCCCCUCAGAGUCGAACCAUUGGAGGCGUAA